AUGGCGAUAGUCACACCUUGGCAAAUCUACCCACGAUGGGUCUGGAUUGUGAGGUUCCUCAUCUUCGCUCUGGCAGCUGCCAUUAUCGCCCUCGCCGCCUAUGCCAUUCACGUCUCCAAAGGGCGGUACAACACCCUUCCCUCGCUGCUCAUCUUUGCUUCAGCAAAGACGAUCAUUAUCUACGGCAUCCUGUUUGCGACUGAGACUCGGGCGCGGCACCUCAUCUGGCGCCUGUUUGCCUAUGGAAUGUACGCCAUCAGCAUCGUCUUCUGGCUGGCUACCUGGGCCUGGUCGGCUGCUCACGCUGCGGUCUGGAGGAUGGAGGACUGCGACGACGGCGGCUGCAUCAACCUCAAGGACGACAAGGACGCCAACACCGAGGGCGUCGUCAUGUCCAUCUGCGCCGGCUUUGGCGCUGCGGUUUGGGUCCUCGCCAUUACCAACCUCGUAUGCUUCAUCAAGGCACGGAAGAAGUUCACCAAGGCUGAUGAGGACGAGGUGGAGCUGGGUGUUGACGCGGCGCCCAAGUACUCUGAGGGCGACUAUGGCUACCAUGCCCAUGCUCAGGCCAAUCAGUAUAGCUAG